GUCGCGCUCUUUUUUUCUUGUAUCCCAUCAUUUGCAUAUGUUCCAACUCAUACAUGGGCCCUGAUAUCACAAUCUCGCAAAUCGCUCCUGCACAAACGAUACAUCUCCGACACACCGUUCUCUGGCCCAAUUUGGACAUUUCUUACGUUCAGUUACCUGAAGACGAACAAGGAUUUCAUUUUGGUGCCUUUGUCGACACUGAAGGGAGUCCAAAUGGGCAGCCUGUAGCCGUCAUAUCCUUGUUCUUGGAGCCUCUCCCAGUCUCGCAUCCAAACUUGGAGGAAUCCAAUCCUAAUUCGCCGUUGGCAGGACGCUUCAGAAAAUUUGCUUGUUCACCUUCCUACCAGAAUCGAGGAAUAGGCACUCGUCUUCUCCAAUACACAUCUGACUACGCGAUAUCCAAAUUGAAUGCACGAGUGGUUUGGUGUGAUGCGAGGUUGGAUGGUGCAGGGUGGUACGAGAGGCGGGGAAUGAAAAGAUUCGGGGAGAAUUUCCGGAAGCAAAGUAUAGAGUAUGUGAGGAUGAAGGUCGAAUAUUGAAUCGGACGGUUCUAUUCGGGAUCCCAACCAGGUCUCCAUAGAAUGAGUCAAUAGCCAUGCUGGAUUCAACUACAA